AUGCCGUGCUCAAUGUUAAAAGUGUGGCUUUCCGGUGCCGAGUAUCGAAAAAGAAGAGCGGAAAAAGAGGCGAAAUUAGAAAGAGAAAGUGGUUCUUUUGAAAAGUAUUUAAAAACAAGUAAUGUUACUGUUGAUACUAGUGAUAGAGUUAGUACUAAUGAAAAAAUUUCAUUGCCAUCGACUUCAACUUGUCAAGACAAAUAUUUUGAAAGCGGGUUGCAUGAUGGAUCAUUAGAUAGCGACGCAGCUUUAAUAGUAACAAAAGUCGAGAUAACAGAGGAAGAGGAAACGGUUGCAAUUUUGAAUCUGGAUUUGAAUUCUACCAGUACGGAGAUUUCUCGAGACCCUUUAAAGUGGCCACUUGAAAUAAACGAUGAUAUAAGGUUACUUCUAGUCAAAAAAGGACCUAUACAUAUACGGGAAAAAGACAAUGCGGAAGGAAAGUUUCCGAAAGAUGAAUUCGGACGUCGUUUUAAUGAAUCAUAUUAUCAGAGGCGUAUGUACAAUGGGGAAAUAAUUUUAAGAUCAUGGCUCAUUUACUCAAAAAGCGCAGAUGCGGUGUUUUGCUUUUGUUGUAAACUUUUUACCACCAUUCAAAGCGCUUUAACUUCGGGUGAUUGCAAUGAUUGGAAUCAUAUCGGUGAAAGACUCAGCUCACACGAAAAGAGCCAGGCACAUUUAAUUGCCCAUAAACAGUGGACUGAAUUAGCAUUGAGAGUGAGGACAAACAAGACAAUCGAUGCUAAUCAUCAACGCAUGUUGGAUGAUAAAGCGCGACAUUGGCAAAAUGUGUUCGAGCGGCUUCUAGCAAUCAUACAUUUUUUGGCACAACAAAGUUUAGCAUAUAGAGGAACAUCGGACAAAUUAUAUGUUCACAAACAUGGAAAUUUUUUUAAACUAGUUAAGCUAAUUUCAAAGUUUGAUACUGUUAUAUCUGAGCACCUUUUAAGAAUUAAAGAUGGUCGCACGCAACAGCAUUAUCACGGCAAAGAUAUUCAAAAUUAA